AAACUACCUUGUGUGGCAUUGGACAUUUUUAAAAAGGUGUACUUCUUAGAUAUAGUUGGUUCUUUUUGGUUGUGUGUAUGUGGCUGACAAGACCAUUGAAGUUGCAGACACUUUUAAGCAUUGAUGAUUGUUAGGUCAAAAAUUAGUCGUCUGCGGUUUGUGUAUAUAGUAGCUUGCAGGACCAGAGCGUUUUCUUAACCGACUGGUAACGAUUUAAUUUUGGAUAAUAUCGUGUCGAAUGAACCGUGCGUGUUUGAGCGGACUGAUGUGAAUAAAAAUAAAAAUUUGUGCGUUCGAUGUGGAAAAUAAAACUUAAAAAUUCAAGAUAAAUGACAUGGGAAGAAAAUAAAAGUGAAAAACAUUCGUGGUCUAAGUGACUUACAUACCUGAAACGGUAAUAGUGAAAAUUGAGAAAUUCUGUGUAACAAUUUCAUAAAAAAUGACCGAAAAAAUACUAACUCUUAAGACAAUCGGUUUGCUGUUCAGCAUUUUUGUGCUCUAUACAAACGGACAACUGUUGGAGUCAGUUCUUCAGUUUCUACGGCAGGGUGAAAAGAAUCGCCAAUAUGAAAGUAGAAGUGGCGGCUAUGAUAUUAGUGAAUUUGAUUUUAUUAUUGUCGGUGCGGGUACGGCUGGCUGUGUGUUAGCGAAUCGAUUAACCGAAAAUCCCGACUGGAAAGUGUUAUUGAUUGAAGCGGGUCAAAGUGAAAACUUAUUGAUGGACAUUCCGUUGGUGGUACAGUAUUUGCAACGAAGUCGCGAUGUUAAUUGGGGAUAUCGGCCGCAGAGUAGUAAUACAUCGUGUUUGGCGAUGGUGGACAAUCGAUGCUUGUGGCCGAGAGGUAAAGUGAUGGGUGGAUCGUCCGUACUGAAUUAUAUGAUUUAUACGCGUGGUAAUCGUAGGGAUUAUGACAAUUGGGAAGCAAUGGGCAAUCCUGGCUGGGGAUACGAUGAUGUGUUACCAUAUUUUAAAAAACUCGAAAAUAGUAGAGUCAAACACGCAUCGCCCGACUAUGUGGGCAAAGGUGGACCACUAACCGUUUCGGAAGUCGACUGGAAAUCGGAGGUAGCGAAAACGUUCAUCGAAGCUGGACGUGAAUUUGGCUGGCCAUAUGUCGAUUACAAUGGGCCAGGUCAGAUCGGAAUUUCGUAUUUGCAAACGAGUACCAAAGAUGGACGACGGGCUAGUUCGAAUGUGGCCUAUUUGUAUCCGAUAAAAAAUCGAAAAAAUCUGUUCGUACGUAAGCUCAGUCAAGUGACGAAAAUUUUAAUUGACCCGAAAACAAAGAGCGCUUACGGCGUGCAGUAUAUGUGCAAUGGUAAAUUUCAUACCGUUCGGGCCCGAAAAGAAGUGAUAUUGUCGGCAGGGGCCAUAAAUUCUCCGCAAUUGUUAAUGUUAUCUGGAGUUGGACCGGCCGACCAUUUGAAGGAGAUGAAUAUCAAAACCAUCAUGAAUUUACCGGUUGGUUUCAAUCUGAUGGAUCAUGCGGCACCGGGAGCAUUAACAUUUACUACAAACGCUAGCACAUUAAGUUUGUACAAAAUAUCUCCAUUCGAUUUCAUUCAAUUUACAGCUGGGAAUCGAAAAAGUAUUUUAGAGUCGAUUGGUGGCUGUGAAGCUUUAGCAUUUUUAGAAUUGGACGAUCCAUCACCGACGGUCAAUCCGGAUGGUUAUCCAGAUAUUGAGCUUUUGCUAGCGAACGGUGGCAUGCAUUCGGCUCGUGUAUUUCCCCUUGUGUUCGGGUUAAAGCCCAGCAUAUACGAUGCAAUGUUUAAACAGUUGGAAGUCGCUCAACAGGAUGCAUUUAUGAUCUAUCCAAUGGUAUUGCGUCCGAAGAGUCGGGGGCGAAUAAAACUAAAAAGCAAACAUCCACUCGUCUAUCCGCUGAUUUAUUCUGGCUAUUUAACGCAUCAGUACGAUGUGGAUAUAUCAGUCAAAGGAAUAAAAAAGGCGAUCGAAAUGAUAGACACGGAUGCGUUCAGAAAAAUCGACGCCAAACUUUACGAGGUUCCAGUACCAACAUGUUCCCAUUUGACUUUCGGAUCCGAUUUGUAUUGGGAGUGUUUCACUCGUCAUUUCACUUUCACCAUUUACCACUAUUCCGGUACAUGUAAAAUGGGUGCCAAAUCCGAUCCUACGGCUGUUGUCGAUCCACGUUUGAAUGUAAAGGGUAUUAAGAAUUUACGAGUGGUCGAUGCAAGCAUUUUCCCAGAAAUUAUGGCUGGCCAUCCGAAUGCACCGGUUUAUAUGAUUGCUGAAAAGGCAGCGGACCUGAUCAAAGAGGACCACUUGAAUACAGUGUAAUUUACAGUGUGGGGACUGUUUACAGCUUUAAUUUUACUAAAUGACAUCUGUGUUACAUUGCCUUUCGAAGACAAAAGACAAUCUUUAGUUUGGUUAUUUAUUUAUAGACGCACCGGGACAUGCCGGUGCUUAGACUUUAGGACAAUUGUGACCAUAUUUUUGUGGAUGAAACAAAAACGUUAAUAGUGAAAUUGAUUAAAUAAAUUUUGUAAAAUGA